AUGUACAACAGGUUCUGGUGUGCGGAAUGUCUACGGCACGUUCUCCCUCAGCAGUCUCACCCGCUCCGCAUCGGCUGCAAGGAGUGCAAGUCUGUCCACCUGUGCGAAGACUGUAUGGAGUCUUCCUUGUUCUGGCGGAAACAUAGACUUAUUUGCGAUGCUUUGAGAUUGGCGCGAACGAAGCCAGGAAUCAAGACAGAGGAAAGGAAACUGCUACGCAUGCUCCUGAUGAUAGUAUCGCAACAUGCUGUUGAACUUGAGGAUCAGGGAAGAGAACAAGGAAGGUGCAGCCACUGCAAGCGUUUCAGCAGUGAGCAGACAAUUGUGAACAUGGUGAAAAGUAACAUGUUGAACAGUCUGCAAAGAGAGCCGGCGGACAAGAAGGACGUGUUGCUCUUUCAAAGAGUGUCUGGCCUGUUCAUGGAGAAUGCGACGGAAGAGGUUUUGCUAAGUUUGAAGCCUUACCUGCAAGAGUACGAAUCUCACAAGAAUAUCCUCUUCGAGCUUCUGCUAAGAGACCGAGUCAACGUCUUCGCCCUCUCGGAUGCUGAUGGAGAAGAGGCGGGAGAAGCUCAUUUUCCCGCUGCUGCGAUGCUCAAUCACAGUUGUCUCCCCAACGUGGAGUUGAAGGUGUUGAGAGGAUCUCUGCAUAUUUUUGCACUUCGAGACGUCGAGAAAGACGAGGAGCUGUGCCAUUCAUACACGUCGCUGAUCAUGCCGGCAGCGUGA